UGCGGUUCACCGGCUCGCCACUUCAGAUAGGUCCGCCUGCCCAGGGUGACAGUGUGAGUGACUUCAGCCGGUGAGCUCAGCACUGUGCCUACCACAUGUUCACCAUUGAGAGUGCAAAAGAUUUGGGGCGUCAACAAGUAGUUUCUUGUUGAAUGGAUGAUUUGUUACCGUUUAACUUGACAUCGGCAUUCGAAAAGACGUAACAUAGACUCAUACGCCCAGACUCGUCCUAAGCUGGCGAAUCUCCUGGUGGCAACACGAUAUAAAUUUUCGGAAUUUGUUCGGAAUUUGUUCGAUUUGAUCCGACCUCUUGUUGCUAUCUUACCAACCGCGUGUCCUUUCAGUGAAAACAUCAUUUUACUGACAACUCAAUCCCUAGCUUUUGUCAUGAGUACAAGUGGAAUUGGAGUAGCAAACAUACUUUGGAACAAGCCAUAUCUGAUAAACGUCAUAGUGGUGCUUUUCAGCUCUGUUGCUGCGCUAGUACAAGGCGGAUGUACAACUUCAGCUGGAACCCCAAUAUGUUGUCGAGGAAAGCAAUCCACAUGUUGCGGAUACACCUACGAUGUUAAUGGCAACCGGACCUCCAGUACCCAGCAUUUGUGUCCAACGUCCGAUAUUAUGUUGCGCACACGGAAAGCAGUUAAAACCUGUUUCUGUGAUGAAUUCUGCACCACUACUAAAGACUGCUGCCCGGAUUAUCGGACUUUAUGUCACAAACCGAUAAUUGACUGCAUGGUAAGCGAAUGGGGACCAUGGAGCGAAUGCGAUCGUCAAUGUGGCCAAGGCGUGAGCGUUAGAAGACGUCGAAUUAUUCAGCCACCGAGCAACGGUGGACAGCACUGUCCUGUUCUUGAGGAGAGCAAACCUUGUCAGGGGUACCGCUGUGUCUCUCGACGUGUCGGACGAUCAGGCAGCUUAAUGCUUCCCUUUGUGCGACAAGCCCGAGCUGAGGUCGCCCACCUGUUACCGUCAACUGGCGAUGUGCCACAAAUUACCAGACGAUGGGAUAUGCGCUGGGAUGAAAGACGAAAACUGUAUUUGGGGAAGCUUAUCAAACAAAACAAAACCGAGAAGCCGGAACCGGACCCUUACUGUGCAGUGUACGAAAUAACUCAUGCAAACAAAGCGUGUCUGCCUGAAAAUCUUCUGUGGCAGCUUAUGGCUGAGCAAAGUCUAAACGGAUUCAACUAUCGCCGAAGCGCCUCGUCAAAUCCGAUGCACAGUGGUGGUCUGUACCCCUUUGACCUACAUGCGUAUCGCCCUCGUAUCUCACGAAGAGAAAGACGCUGGGAUGCAUUCCCCACACCGAUACGGAAUACAGUCAUUCUGGGACCUGAAAUGGAUUCCCAGAAUCCAUGGAAAUACACCUGGAUUAACCACGGUGCGCUGAUUGCAAAGGGGAGGCAAAUAUGCGUCACAUGCUAUCCCGGCUACAUGAGGGAAGAUUUGGGUUUCCGUUGUUCUGGCUCCGGCUUACUGAACGUGGAAACACGCUGGCGAGCGGUGCAAACUGCUGACUGUCAUGGCCGCUUUCGCAUGCUCACAAUGCCCCAACGGGCCUGUACCUGCGAUGCGGAAGCCACCUCGUUUAUCUUUAUUUGAGCAGCUGUGCCCCUUUGUCAAGUCGAAUAAUGUAUACCACAACAGACGAUUUGAGAAAAAUCUGAACUUUGACUUUCGCACCCACUCUUCUCUGAUCAUGCCAGUGAACCUGAAUCGAACUCACACGAGCAAAUGCUAUUUUUUCAUCCAUCUUCAACCAUACAUGUCCGCGUAUUUGCUAAAACCUGGAUGAUUCGGUCACCAAUUUUACUCUGCCUUCUAGUUCUUGAUAAGAAAACUUUACAACAAAUGGAGACCAUCUGCCGUUUCUGUUCGAUUUAUAGUAUGAAGGAAUAAUCCAAUUUUAUUCUAUGUAUGCAACACACUGUCACCGUCCACAAAUUCGUUUCGCUUCAGUUUGCUUUGAAUGAAUAGUUUUGGGCCUCCAAUCAGAAUACGUGUCACACGAAUGUGAAAUAUUUUGCCUUAUUUAUUGUCUCGAUACACUUCAUUCAUUAGACACCAUUUUUAAUAGGUUGUUUUUUAUGGCCAACACAUGUGCCUAGUUUCCCGUAAAUGCUGGUCACAAAAUUGAUUUCAAGGAAUUUCUGUAAGUAACGCACAAAUCGCCCAUCUCUCCACACACUUGCUGUUCAUACUGUCAAUUCAUAUGUUAUAAAUGAUGUUUUCAA